AUAGAAUCGAACGAAAUGAAGCGACUUUUAUUUUAUCUCGCCAAAAUGGCGGACGCGUCGUACGCGGUGCGCGGAAUGAAAACACCCGAUAAUCUUUAUAAUUUGUGUUUAACAAAUUUAGUGAACUAUUUGCAGAAAUUUAAGUGCGAUCGAAAUGAUUUGCGUUUGCUGCCAGACAGUGUCCUCAUGGAUAUUUAUUACAAGAUGCUGCAAGAGAAGCGAUUGUGCAUCCUCGGUGCGGAGCUCUCCGAGCUGGAUAUAUUCGAGCGGCUGCUGCGCUUCACCGGUGCCCAGCUGAAGCUGCUCCAAUGCUUCCAGGCGGUGAUAGAACACGGGUCGAAGUUGUCUGUGGAACUAGCGGGGGCAUAUAUCACACGCUGCGAGUCUACCGACCGCUCCAGAGACUAUCUCAUACAGCUGGGCCUCAGGCUAGGUGGGUUCUUUAACGAGGCUGGUUGGUAUGCUGAUGCGGAACGUGUCUUGUUGCGCUGCCGGCAGUUGUGCCAGGCGCAACCGCAGUCGCCCCGCUACCGCCGCCUCACUCUCGAGUGCUGCCACAGAUUACUGAACACUCAGUCCGCGUACUGCUGUUUCCCCGCUGCUGCGGAGACUUACGAGCUGUCGCUGCGGCUGCUGGGGCUGGGGCACUCUGCGCCCGCCAGCGCGCCGCCGGCCGAAACUCUGCGCGGCUGUCUGCGCUCCCUCGACGGACAUCCGGACUGCGACUCCGAUGAUUACAGAUCGACAGCUUGCGUGGCGGCGGGGUGCCGCGCGGGCUGCGCGUCGGCCGCGCUGCUGGCGCGCCUCUGCAAGGAGUUCAGCUCGCUGCACUUCGUGCGCUGCGACUACGGCGCCGCGCACGCCUGGAGCACGCGCGCGCUGGCGCUGCUCACGCCGCACGCGCCCGCCAGGGUGGCGGUGGAGGUGAUCCGCGCGUGCGGCAAGGCGUGCGUGGUGAAGCGGCGGUUCGCGGCGGCGGGGCUGCUGCUGCGGCAGGCGGUGGCGCUGGCCCGCCGCGCCUUCGGCCCGCGCCACCCCGCGCACGCGCACGCGCUGCUCGACUACGGCUUCUACCUGCUCAACGUCGACUCCAUCGCGCGCAGCGUCUCCGUCUAUGAGGAGGCGCUGUCGACGCUGCGGCGCGUGUUCGGGCGCAGCAGCCUGCACGUGGCGACGGCGCAGGAGGACCUGGCGUACGCGCUCUACGUGCUCGAGUACUCCUCCGGCCGCUUCUACAAGGCGCGCGACCACGCCGAGCGCGCCAUCAGGAUCAUUGAGAACCUGGUGCCACCGGACCAUCUACUGCUAGCAUCAGCUAAGCGCGUGAAGGCGCUCAUUCUAGAAGAGAUCGCACUGGACACUCCUGCUGGACAGGACAUGAGCGAGCCAAGCCUGCUGGAGGAAUCAGAGGCGCUGCACAAGGCGGCGCUGGCGCUGUCCAUGCUGGCCUUCGGUGAAAAGAACGUGCAGACAGCCAAGCACUACGGCAACCUCGGCAGACUCUACCAGAGCAUGCAGAAGUUCCAGGAUGCCGAGACGAUGCACCUGAAGGCGAUCGCGAUCAAGGAGGAGCUGCUGGGCGCGGAGGACUACGAGGUGGGGCUGAGCGUGGGCCACCUCGCCAGCCUCUACAACUACCACAUGAACAUGCACUGCGCCGCUGAGAAACUCUACCUGCGCUCCAUCGCCAUCAGUCUAAAGUUGUUCGGCGAGCGGUACUCGGGGCUGGAGUACGACUACCGCGGGCUGGUGCACGUCUGCACGCAGCUGAAGCGGCACGAGCGCGCCGAGCACUACAGCGCGCUGCUGCAGCGGUGGCAUGAACUGCGCGAGCAAUCAAAGACGGAGCAGCAGCCGGCGCUCAACGACGAGCAGGUGCUGCCGCUGCGGGAACUGUGCGCCAGGCUCGACAUACAGUGAGCAGCGCCCCCGCACCCGCCCCACAGCCCCCGCCCCACAGCCCCACAGCCCCACAGCCCCACAGCCCCACAGCCCCACGCCAGAAAUGCCCCGAUACUUUACAUCAGAAGGCAUUUAUGAAAUUAUACGAAGAUUGGUUAAAAGUGUGCGGUUCCUUCUACGUUGCUGCUGGGAUGACCUUGUGUCCAGGGAAUUCUAUGUCAAAACAACCAACCCCGAAAUGUACCCCUUUAUGAGAAAACUCAACUAUUCUUCUUGUAUAUAGAUUUUUUUAUGCAUAUAAAACGAAUUUUUAAUUAUUAUUCGCUUUUAACAAUGAGAAUCGAUGUCGUUGAUUUUAAUUUUUAAUCUGACAAUGCUUGUAAUUUUGGGGGGAAAUUCAUGACGUAAAAGUUAGAGAAAAGAAUUAUUUAUACUCAAUGUUUAAAAUGACAGCUUUAUAUGUCUGUGAGGAAAUUGUAAAUGCAAUUUAGGGUUGCCAGUUAUUCGAUGACUCAAUAUAUAGACGCGAGUGUAAUCAUGUAAUUAGAAUUGAUUUUAAAUGUACGUAGAGAUUUUGCACAAUUUUAUUGUUAGUGUGAUUUUGACCUGUGGGAAAUUAGCCAUUUGCAUGUAUGUGAUAAGAAACUUCAGUCAUCUAUUUAUCUGAUCUCUUUUACAAAUUGUUUUAUAUAUUUAUGCUAUAUUGGUUAACAUGUAAUUAUAUUUAUCAUACAGAUUAAAUGGACAGAACAUCACAAAAUGAGGAAUCCAUAGACGCUGUGAUCGUGUAUAUAUUUUUUUUGAAACAUAGAUUGUAUAAAUUGUGCAUGUGUUUACUUUGCUCUGCCGAUGUCUUGUGUUCCUUUAUUAGUGAUGUAAAGUUUAUUAAAAUUAUGACCGCUUCCGUAUUCUAUGUACUAAGUGCAAUGUAGUGAGAACUUUGAGAUGUAUAUGAAUGUUUUUUUUUGUUUUGUUUGCGAAUAUCUUUCGAUGCAGUGCCUCGUUUGUACCAAUUAGUAAAUUGAUGUACUUAAGUUGGAGUAUUCGACAAUGAUUGCACUGCAUUUUAAUCUUUAAUGUAUAGUUGUAACGCCUUUUAUUCGAUGUUCGGAGGUUUCACUCAGCUUUGACAUCGUAUUUGCAAGUAUUUUUGACUUUGCGUGCAAAAGCACGUAUACAAUGUUAGCAGUUAUGAAUGGCUGUUAGGUUCGUGAGAUAAUAAACGUUUCACGUCCA